AUGACUCCCGUCGGCCCCCGAGUCUCUAAAGAGGAAUUCAUGUAUGCGCUUGGCCUGAACCCGCAGGAUCCACAGCAUGAACAGUAUUACCGCGCCAUGCGAGACGAAACAAUCAUGGUCUACAACCGCAUGAAUCAAGAUACAUCUCAUCUCCUCGACAGCGUUCGCGCCGACCCCAGCACUCGUCCUCCAUUCUUCUGGCACCAUAUUCGACCAGACCACCAACGCUGGGCAAUCAUGGAGAUCUGGCGCAACGCUGGUCCCCUCACGCGCCCAUUGUUCGAUCGUGGAGGUACAAAUGGCGAAUAUGGCCCUAACUGGGUCGCUGGGUGGUUGUUGUACAGCGUAUUCCGCUCGCGUGAUGUACGCAACAACCGGAAUCGAAGAAAGGGAGACAAUGGCGGGGCUGUACCUGACUCCGACAAGAGGGCUAGGCAGGUUGAAGAGGCGGCGUCGCCGAAGAAAGGGUAUUAUGAUCCUGUGCGGAAUGGGACGCUCUAG